AUGGGCCUGAGUAUUUAUAUCAACACAUCCAGCUCAGAAGGCUCUGCCCGCCUUGAAGUUGGCACUUCAGAAGUGGUGGAAAGAACCUCGUUCAGUCCCAGGUCCAGUCACCUGCUCCAACUGACCUCCUUGGAUAGUGCGAACUUGUACCAACUCCAGUAUCUCAUGGUCAUUGACCUGUUUUUUUCUUGCGAUUGUCCCAUGAACUUCAGCUUCUUUUCGCAUGCUGCUUGGCCGGGUCCAGAGACUUCCGGCAGAAACUUCUUCACAGAUGAGACCGACAAGCUCUUGGAUCAAGGGCGUCGACUGAAAAAAUUCAGGGCGUGA